AUGGCGGAGAGCGAGCUUGCUCCCAAGUUUUUCUACUUCCCUGUUGCGGUUGGAAUGGCUGCUUGGACGGCAUGGGCUAACAUCUUAUCACCAACGAACCAGGCCGGUAUCGCUUCUGCUUCACUGAUACCCGUUGUCAUGGCCGGUAUCAUUGCGGUGUACGGACUUGUCGUGGCCGUUUUGAUUGCUGGAGAUCUGGGACCGCCACCAGAGACGCAGUACAGUUUAUAUGCGGGAUGUUUACAUCUUGCGGCUGGUCUCUCAGUCGGCCUUGCAGGCCUGGCUGCCGGCUACACCAUUGGAAUAGUUGGUGAAGCUGGAACACGCGCGUAUAUGCAACAGUCCAAAGUGUUUGUGGGAAUGGUCUUGAUAUUGAUUUUUGGUGAAGUCCUGGGUCUAUACGGUUUGAUUGUUGGUCUGAUUCUAAACUCGAAGAGUUCUGCUUAG